AGUGACCUAUAAUUAAUUCUAUUUCACUCCACUCUUCUAGGUACGUAGCUCUAGCUCUGUAGUAGACUUUAUAGUAAUUCCUAAGCUAAGCUAAGUUCUCUCUUCUGGUAAGAGAAGACAUUAGCUUAAGCUACAAGAACAAGACACAUUGUGAGUACAAGUUCUAUUAGACGUAGAGAAACCACCCAUUUUAGAUAUCAAGUCUCUCAUCCAACUACAACCGUCCACUUUUGCAGUGCUCUGUGCUAUACUCUUACGGGCUGGUCCUCAAUUCUACUAUUAAAAAGUGACAGUUGAAGAAAUUGAAUCAAGUAAUCAAGAAAUUGAGCAAGAAAGAACCUUAUUGUUUCAGAACCACCCCUUUGAUAUGAAAAAGUGCUCUGUUUCUUGCAUGGGGUCUAUCCAAAUCGACAGUAGCUAUUGCUAUAUUGUGAGCAGAACAGUAUCUAACUAGGUAAACUAAGGAAUGGAUGCGUACGACCAUUAUCGAUUCUCUUUUGAGAGCUGCAAGAGCUACAAAGAUGGAGCCGUCAGCCCUAACGACUUUGCUCGUGUCUGUAAUCGCUACAAGCUCAACUACAAGGUGGUGAUGGAGUAUGUCGGUACAGAUGGCGAGGGAUGCUUCUCACUCGACUCCUUCAUCCACUACCUGAAGAAAUGUCAGUCCCACUCGUACACGAACCACGUACCCUCAGGGCAUUCAUCGCAUGCUCACGACGUUGAUAGUUACGUACGGUCGACUAGCCCCCCUCCCUACAGACCACCUUCUGCUAGCAAAGUCGGCAGGCAGUCAGUACACUCAGGAAUGUCCCACAACCACACUCGCUCUGGGAGUGGCCGCUAUCCCGUCUCACCGGAGAACGGGGACAUGAAUGAAGACCACGGAGUACGAAGAACAAGAACACCAGAUGUGAGUAACUUCCUGUCACCUGAAGAGAAGCCUCGUCAUAGCGAAAGAUCACGUAGUGACAUGUACGAGCACCACUCUGUCUCAUCACGGUCACGAAUGGGCACACACUCACGAGCUGCAAUAGACACGCCCCCUCCAACUGUCACACACCACCCACGGAAUCGGUAUCGCGGGGACACGAUCGCUGGGAGAUCUGAUAAGGCCCGUAGUUUCAAAGACUCCGAUGAUGAGGACGUGAUGCAAGACUCUUACUACCCAUCCGUGUCACGUAUAAGAUACAAGCACCAGGCGGGUGAAGGCCACGAGAAGUCGUCACGGUGGGAGGCUGGGGUCGAUAAACCACAACAACAACAACGCAGUAAGGACAACUACGAUAGCCAGGACCGGGCGUACGCACAGUUGUAUCGAGAGAAUGAAAAGUUGAAACAGAAAAUAAUUGCGAUGAAGAAAGAGAGUACAGCCGGGUCAGACUCACCCUAUAUCGAGAGACAAUUUGAUGAUCUGAAGAAAGCUAAGGAAGAUGCUGAAGAAGAACUACGAAGAGAAAAGAGCUCUCACAAAGCCGUCAGGAAAGACUGCAAUGCUCUCAAACAAGAAUACAACAAAAUACGCUCAAAGUUCGAAGAGCUGGAACGAAUCAACUGGAGACUAUCAGACGAAAAUCACAAGCUCACUAUCAAACUCAUGGAGGAAGACCGAAGCAGCUCGGGAUUCUCCCGUCGCCCUGGAGACGGGGGCUCCGGUGAACCCUCGGCACGGUCCAGUUACGCCAGUGAGCUGUCCUUCCAACGAUCUCAUCUCAGACAAACUUAUCAUGGUACUACGGGCAAAGGGGAUGUUUCCAAGGACACAUCGUCUCGCUCAAAGUCCAAAGGUCGGCCUGAGAUGAAGCGGGUCUCCAGUGAGGGUAAACCCCUAGAUUACGAGGAUCCCGGCAAAGAUAACCAUAUCAACUACCCAAAAGCAAAGACACACAAAUCCGGAACGUCCAGUGCAGGCUCCAUCAUGGACAAUCUUGCCCUCACAAUGGUCAGUACAACACCAGACGAGCAGUCACAAGUCUUUAUGGUGCUCGGGGAGGACGUCAGCAAGAGUGUGCUACCUGAAAGCCUUGCAAAAGACAAGGAGCUAGCGAUGAUGUAUGCACUCCAAAACUGCCACUCUGUGCAAGAACUCAUCAAAUGUCUCGUGUCUUACGGCGUUUCCUCCAGCUCUGACCAACUCCAGGGCUUUCAAGUCGAGAACAAGCAUUUGCAAGAACGAGUGGAACAUUUGAAGGCCAAGAAUACAGCAAUUUCUGAAUCUUUCCAAAGUUCUAAGCUGAAUAUGGACGAAAUGUACCACAAUGCAGAGAAAAUCGAAGCAAAUAACGUUCGUUUACGGCAUGCACUGAUAAUGGCCCAGCACGCUUGUGAAGCUUUUGAAGUUCUCUUCGAAUUACGAUCAGGAUAUUCGAGACACGGUGGUUCGAACGGCUCUUACUUUCCAUCAUUUGAUAACUCGAGUCUCGAUUCAACCCUCGCUAGAAGUCCUGAUCGGGAGCAGGUGUCAAUCAAACACACAGCAACGUAUCGAGCUCGAUGUCUACUGCACAGCCUCGACUCAGAUGUUGAGCUUCAAAGCUACCCCCCUCUGUUAAACAUGAGACAAGGCAGUGGUGAAUAUCAAUCACAUACAACCAAUUGGCUACCAGGUACAUUAUCGCAAAACACUGGUACUACGAGUGGGUUGAGCUCUAUGAGUGGUGGAAUUGAAGGCGACAUAACACAAGCUGAAAUCGAUCGUUUGAAACAAUACUCACAAGCUCUCUUGCAUUACGAGAAUCACCUAACGAGUACGCUAGUCCCGAUGGAUGGUCUAGAAGGGCUGAAAACGAUUAAGAAGCCUGUGGUUGUGAGAGAUUGUUACCAAGCUGACGCGUCUGGGAGCAUCACUGAUCUGGAGGAUGCAGCACAUGCAGAGGAGCUGUGUAAAGUUAGAGAGGAGAAGGCUGAGCUACGGUCCCAGAUAUACAUGAUGGAGCAGGAGAAGAGACGCAUGGAGCUUGAAGUGAGUCGAAUGCUCAUUCACAAGCAGAAGUCUGACAGACAGAUCGCUGAGCUGCAGUUCCAACUCAAAGACGAGAAGAGAAAAAGAAAGAAAGAGCAGAAAAAGAGAAAAAGUGAAGCGUCCAUCCCCCCUCACGACCCAAGUCACAUCAGUGAGCUUUCCCUGGAGUACACCAGUGCCCUAGACAGAGAGAGGGAGGUCUCGAGGAGAUAUGAUGACCUGUUCGGGUUCCUACAGUGCCACAUCAAAGAUUCACAGGACACAACAGAGCAUCUUAUGACGUUUGUCAAGGAGCUACGUCGAGCUAACAGUGCACUAGUGGAUGCCUUUGAGAAGUCUAAGAAAAGACAACAGGCUGAGAAGAAAAGAAUGAAAACUGAGCUAGUCAGCUACAUGAACAGAAUACAAAAAGGGACAGGGCCUCUAUUAGACAUCAUUGACGACCAUUGUGACAUGCCUGAAGCGUUUCAACUGUUUCUAUUCAAUUACAGGAACCCAUACCAGUCGGACCAUUGCACACAUGACCCACUACCGAAAGUAAUUGAGCUCACAAAAACUGAUUUUAAGCUGCACCAGAAAUACAUAGCAUCAUUACAGAACAUAAUGGCUGCUGUUGACAAAAAUAAGCUUGGUUUUGCCGAGAGCUUUGCUCUGAGUGGCUGCGCUGCCAUUAUCUCAAAGACAGCUGCUGCCCCCAUUGAGAGAGUCAAACUCCUGGUCCAGAACCAAGAUGAGAUGAUCAAGGCUGGCCGUCUCUCUGAGCCCUACAAAGGAGUCAUCGACUGCACUACCAGAACAUUCAGGACUGAGGGUUUUCUUCCCUUCUGGAGAGGUAACUUGGCCAACUGCAUCCGAUACUUCCCCACCCAGGCCCUUAACUUUGCCUUCAAGGACCAGGUCAAGGCUCUCUUCAAGCCCUCAAAACAAGACUCGUACGCUACCAAAUUCUCCAAGAACAUUGCCUCUGGAGGAGCUGCUGGUGCAAUGUCUCUGUGCUUUGUCUACUCACUUGACUACGCACGUACUCGUCUUGCCAAUGACGCAAAAUCUGGGAAGAAAUCAGGAGGUGAGCGUCAAUUUAACGGGCUUAUCGAUGUUUACUCCAAAACUCUCAAGAGCGACGGUUUCGUUGGCCUCUACCGUGGUUUUCUCAUCUCCUGUGUUGGAAUCGUCGUGUAUAGAGGGUUUUACUUUGGCUUGUACGAUACCCUCAAACCUAUUCUUCUCGGUGAGAACGCUGGUGUCAUGAUCUCGUUCCUUCUCGGCUACGGUGUCACCGUGACAGCUGGUUUGAUCUCCUACCCCAUCGAUACAAUCCGUCGGCGAAUGAUGAUGACUUCUGGAGAGGCCGUCAAGUACAAGGGCUCCAUGGAUUGUGCCCUUCAGAUUAUUCGUAACGAAGGUGCAAUGUCGCUAAUGAAAGGGGCAGGAGCUAAUAUCCUCCGUGGUGUGGCUGGUGCUGGAGUGUUGUCCGGUUUCGACAAGUUCAAGGAGCUGUACAUGUUGUGGCGUCUGAAAUAGAAACUGGUUAGAACACUGCUAGAAAGAGUUUUAGUUUAGAUUGAGUUGUGGCUGUGAUAUAAUUAUUGGUUGAUGUUCUUUGUACUGCGUAAUUGUAGCUUACAAUUAUUAUAUAUAUCUAUGCUUACACCUGCAUAGCUUAUUAUAAUUAUUUAUAAUGAUGAA